UCAUGAAAUGAGAGAGGACACAUACAGUACAAAGAUUCAGCUAUAUUCAAUUUUGGUCUUCUUGCAAAAGUAACCUCUAAAGACGGGACUUUUGAAGACGGUUCUCUUUUGUAAAUACUGUAUGGAAAAAAAAAUGACUAUAGCCUAUAGUGUAUGGUUAAACGUUAUUACCGCGAUUCACAUAAUGCACUUUAACUAUGCAUAGACAUCUAAAAUUGUCUAUGCAUUGGCAGUGGCAUUUUUGGGUAGCAAAACAAUUAAUACACCACAGACGGUAACGGUGAGAGAAUGAGUCCGUGUGAGGGGUUCGUACACUACAGGUGCAUAUAAAGUGCGGGGAAAAACCACUGGUCCGUAUGCGGGUUUAAUCGGGAUGGGAUGUUUCCUUGAAGACAGCCACAGAAACGAGCUCUCAGAUCAACUACCUGCCCUUUCCUUGGGCCAGUGCUGCAAAUUGUGAGCGGGAUCUCUGCACCAGCUGCACUACACGCCGUUCAGAGAGGAUGAAGCAUUUGGAGAACCUCGACAGUCUCUGGAGCUUGGGGAGCGAGGGGUGCGCUGUAGGGAUGCGAAAGCGGACAAUGGGAUCCAGCGGACCUGAGAUGCUUCUCUGUAUGGAUGUACCUACGACUGUACUGAUUGUUCACCUGACAUUAACGGCUAUUGCAGGGGAGGCAAUGAUGGCCAGCAGGGCGGCAGUAGAGGGCUGUCCCCUUGGCCAGUUUCCAUGUGGCAAUCUGAGUGUCUGCCUGCCCCAAGUUUUCCAGUGUAAUGGCCAAGCAGACUGCCAGAAUGGGGCAGAUGAGGAGAACUGUGGCGACAACAGCGGCUGGGCAGCCUUCUUUGACCAGACCAUCAAGAGGAUGGUUCCUCAGGAGUUCCGCAGAGGCUGCUUUCUGGAGCAGUACCCAGAGCACUGCAGCUGCAUCGAGACCAGUCUCCAAUGCGUCAGUCUGAAGCUUAAGGAGGUGCCACUGGUGUCGGCCAAUGUAACUUCGCUAUCCCUUAGGAGUAAUGAAAUCCGAAAGCUGCAGGAUGAAGUCUUUUCCAUGUUCUCCGAACUGCAGAGACUAUUCCUCCAGAACAAUGGCAUACAGAUUGUGUCCAGCCAGGCAUUCAGAGGACUGCACCAGCUCCGGAAACUGUCCCUGAGUCAGAAUAAUAUAACAUCACUGAGGCCUGGUGUAUUCAACGACCUCCAUAAAUUGCACUGGCUCAUCCUGGACGACAAUCCCUUGAAGAGGGUCUUGCAGGACACGUUCCUCGGCCUCACGUCCCUGUUUUUCCUAUCUAUGGUGAACACGUCCUUAGAGCAACUCCCAGAGGCCAAGUUCUGCCACCAUAUGCCUGCACUGAGUUGGCUGGACUUUGAGGGAAAUCGAAUCCAGACUUUCAAAUUCUCCUUGCUGCUGUCGUGCGAAGAACUCACCGUGCUGUCUCUCCGUGACAACAACAUCAGCGUGCUGCAGGAGAACACCUUCCAGCCCCUGCAGGACCUGGGAGAGCUCGACUUGUCGAGCAACCAGAUUAUCGAACUUCCAAGCGAUAUCUUCAGGGGCUUAAAAUCUUUGCAGACUCUAAAUAUUUCCCACAAUCCUUUGGUUCGUAUCCACCCUAGACAGUUUGAUCCCCUCAUGCAUCUUCAGUCUCUAAGCCUGGAAGGCAUUGAAAUCCCAGAUAUCCAAACCAGAAUGUUCCAGUCUAUGAAGAACCUCUCCCACAUCCUUUACUCUCACAGAUACUUUAAAAAGUUUCAAUACUGCUCAUAUGCUCCCCACGUGCGGAAAUGCAAGCCCAACUCGGAUGGGAUCUCCUCCAUCGAAGACCUUCUCGCCAGCGUCAUUCUCAGGGUGUCGGUGUGGGUCAUGGCCUUCAUCACCUGCUUCGGGAACCUCUUCGUUAUCGGCAUGCGCUCCGUCAUCCGGGCCGAGAACAACCUACACGCCAUGUGCAUCAAGGUUCUAUGCUGUGCAGACUGCCUGAUGGGGGUGUAUCUGUUCCUCGUGGGGGUGUUCGACGUGAAGUUCCGGGGGGAGUACAACCGCAAUGCCAAACUGUGGAUGGAGAGCUCCACCUGCCACACCAUGGGUUUCCUGGCCAUGCUGUCCUCCGAGGUGUCUGUCAUGCUCAUCACCUAUCUGACCAUGGAGAAAUUCCUGGCCAUCGUCUUCCCCUUCAGCCGUCUGCGGCCAGGCAAGCGACAGACCGCCUGCAUGCUGGCCUCCAUCUGGCUCCUGGGCACUGCCAUCGCGGUCAUCCCACUACUGGACGAGGGCCUCUUCGGCAACUACUAUGGCCGUAACGGCGUGUGCUUCCCGCUGCACUCAGACCGGUUGGACCGGCCAAUCAUUGAGGGAUAUUCAACAAGCAUCUUUCUGGGUCUUAAUCUUGCCGCCUUCCUGGUUAUAGUCGUCUCCUACUCCAGCAUGUUCUACUCCAUCUACAAGACGGGUCUCAACGCGGCCGACCUGAGCAGCCGGCUGCACCGCGACAUCGCUGUAGCUAAGCGCUUCUUCUUCAUCGUGUUCUCCAACGCCCUCUGCUGGAUCCCUAUCUUCCUGGUGAAGAUCCUCUCCUUGCUGGAAGUGGAGAUCCCAGACAGCAUCACUUCCUGGGUGGUGAUCUUUGUCCUGCCCAUCAACAGUGCCUUGAACCCCAUCCUCUACACGCUGACCACCAGCUUCUUCCGUGAGCAGGUGGAGAUGCUGCUAUAUCGCUGGCAGCGCCACCGAGUCCUCCAGAGGGACCGCAAGAGCUUGACCAGCUCAGGCCUGUACGUGGAAGCUUCCCAGCGAGCCUACUACCAUCCUCAGCCCUGUUUGCCUAGGACCACAGUCGAUGACAUAAACACCAAGUGUAGCUGACACUUAAAUUAAUAUAAUCUUGGUAUGUGGUAUUUCUUGUUUUAUGUAAAGUGGUUUUAUAUUUGCAUGUUAUUUUCUCUGCUUUUAAUUUGAAAGAGCUUGCAGGGAAUACAGUACUUUUAUUUUGAUACUUCCUGUUAAUCGUUAAAGAACCCAUAUGCGGGUAAGUUGGUUUGUUCUGGCGCGACUAGAGCUGGAAAAAGGACACAAAAUUGACAUUUAUUGAAUAUUCCAUGCAAGUUAGCGCCUAGCUGGAGUGGGAACGAGGUAUUUAUGCUUAAGUUGUGCUUCACAUGUUGUCUUUGUACCUUUUUGUUAAAGUUUCCUGUUGGUUUUAAAACCCAGUGAAGGUUAAUAUUUUUUUCUAUAAACUGUUUGGUACGCUGUGUUAAAAAGGGGUUUAAACACUUCUGUGAGUGGUAAAUGUGCACUCAUUUGUACAGGGAAAAUAUUUUGUUGGUAUAUGUAAUUAUUAUUUAUUUGCUAUUUUGUGUAUUUUCUUUGUAGCGCUUACGGUGCAUUUGUGAUUAAGCUGAUAUUAAAGUUCACCAAAAGCAUCAGUGGGCUUCACUGUCGUCCAGGUGGGGUAGCCACAGUAAGAGCUCGAGCCAUGCCAAUCCCGUUGGGUUGCUGUCUCCUUCACGGGUAUCGACCCGGAAGAAACGUCAUAGUGUUUUGCUGCUACAGUACUUCGUCUGCUUGGAGCUUCUCGUGUUAGACUCUAAAGCGGCCCUGCAUCUCAGGCACUGACUCCCCGUCUUCCAAGGUGACAGUAUUGCACAGCAAUCAAAGGGAUUAGGUGCGAUUGGGCAGAUAUUGUCAGAAAUGCAUCCUUCUCUACAUAUUAUCAAAUUCAACGAAACUGUGAGCAUUUGGAAGAAGAUUAAUAAACUGACUGAUGCAUUUUUUCGUUUGAGGUUGUAAACAAUUUACGGAUGCUAAUAUAACAUUUCAUCUUAACCUGUAAGAGGAGGAAAGGAAAGUCCUGUACCAUUAUACAUGGACAUUUGAUAUUAAUGAUAUAUUUUUGCUGUGUUCGGUAAUUGUUAUUGCACUAAAAGGGCUAUUGCAUUAAUUCAAUUUUUAUUUAUGGUAUAUAUAUAUGAUAAUGUAUGCAUUUCUGUGAGUGUGGUUUGCUAAUGUUUUCAUUUAUAAUAACCUUAGGUUUUUGCUGUUAUGUUUGGAAGUGACUCUAUUGUGUUUCUGUAGUAUAACAUUUCUGAACCAGUUAUGCAGCAUUGUAGUGGAGAUUGGUCUGAAGAGCAGGUUAACAGUAUCCAGCACGAAAUACUGAAGCUGAAGACUAUGCUACAUGAAGCGACAGAUGCAACAGAUGUAGAAGGACUUCAGCUGAAAGACGAAAUUGGUGCCAUGGAAUGGGCUUCAUCUGCUUUUCAAUGCAAGCUUCACAAAGUUGCUCAAGAGCUGUCUACCCCUCAACGCUCAACUCGAGUACACAACCAGAUGUAAAAGAUGCUUGCAUUUUCAGGAGUAGAGGUAUAAACAAGGAAGAACAGGCUGCUCUCUAUGACCAAUGGAAAAUCCAAGCUCAUCAGCCUGGAUCAACCUAAAUCAAACAUUCCAGAGAGUCAGCUGGGAUCUCUGAGUUGUUGGAGAAAGGUAAGGAAGACAUAAUGAAGAUUUAUCUUGAAGUUUGGCAACAAAGCACACCUUCAGCUGAGGUGAGGUGGCGAGUCGAUACUUGCAUUGCAGGUACAGCAGACCUCAUUAAAAUUACUUAUGAGAGAUUAGCAGGAAUUGAGGAGUUCGAUGAAGAACAGGAAAGAUGCCACCUCCAUGAGCUACUUGAUCGUGAUUAUACACAUUCAGUUUAUGGGUCUGCUGCCUCACAAAUCACAAAUUCCAGUCGUUCUAUCAUGAGCUCGGUGGCAGCCAAACGGGCAGAGGCAGCUGCCAAGUUGACAAUAAAGAAAGCAGAAUAUGAGAUGCUUUACAGGAAAUAGGGACAUAGGGAGUUAAUAGAGCAACAGCAGAGACCACUGGAAGUUCAACAAUGUGAGUUGGAGCAUCUAAAGGCAGAGAGAGAACCAAAGGCUGCAAGACAGACUGAAAGAUUAUGAACGGGAAGUAAAGCAGGAAACCUUUGUCCCAUCUUCUGAUCACAGCAAUCUUAAACCUGAUGAAGUUGUACGCAACAUUUAUCCAAAUGCAAUUCCCCAGUUUCAUAACAGAAGAUUUCCUAACAUGGAUGUUUUCACCUUAGCUCAAGCACUUUAAGACAGUAUCACAAUGAACAGGCUACCUGUCCCUGGACCCUUUGUGUUCAAUGGGGAUCAUCUUUCAAGUUUCUCUUUCAUAAAAGAAACAUCUCGUCUGCUGAAAAGCUUUUAUCUGAAGAAACAUGUUGGUAGUCCAGCCCACAAAAUUGUAGAUGGCACCUUUUACAGAAAUGAUGACGAAGCUUACCGAGAAGCUUAGACUAAGCUGAAUCAGCGCUAUGGUCAACUACUUCUUAUUCAGAGAGUGUUCAGAGCAAAACUUUAAAAACGGCCAAAAAUUCAAUCAAAGGAUGCUCAAGGACUCGGAGAGCUUUCAGAUUUUCUGAAUGCAUGUCAAGACGCCAAGCCACAAGAAAAUGGCCUUGAAAUACUGAAUGAUAAUGAAGAAAACCAAAAGAUUGUUAAAAAAAUUUCCUGACAGGGUUUCAUCUCGAUGAAACAGACAGGUUACCCAGAUGUUAAAUGAGAAGCAAGAAGUCCCCAGUUUCAAGGACUUUGCUGCCUUCAUUUUCACUAAAGCAAAGGUGACUUCAUUUCAUGCUCAACAUUCUUUGGAUCCAUUUUCUGAGAACCAAAGAUUUUGAGAGUAUAGGAAGGCCAAAGUAGAGUUUUUGGCAGUCUAACAAUUAUGGAAGACAAGGGUCAAACAUCAUCAAGGAAGGAUGAAAAAACAUGUUGUCUUUGCCAAGAUAAUAUAUACCAGCAUCAUGACGGCCCAAAGUUUGCAGCAAUGUCCUUAGAGGAGUGACAAAAAUAUUUAAAAGUAGGGAAACACUAUUAUGGCUGUUUAAAAUUUGGCCACAAUGCAAGGGACUGUCGUCAUCGCCAGUUGUGUGACAUUUGUAAUGGUAAGCACCACACCUGCCUCCAUGAUGACAGCUAUCUGCACAUAAAGAAGUCUGUGCCUCUCUCAGAGUUUUAUCUCAAGACCAGGCAAACAGCAGCUGUUAGAUCACUCUGUCUAACUGCAGAAAGCUCCCUUUACACCUCUAUUGUUGUGGCAGAGUAGAUGUCAACAAAGAGUGAUCCAUAGACAGAAAGACUUGUUUACGCUCUGCUCAACACUCAGAGUGACACCACCUUUAUCGAACAGGGAGUAAGCAAGCUGAAACUUAUCCUGUGAAGCUAAGACUGACCCCGGUGAAUGAAAAUUACACACUUCGUCAGAGUGAAAAGUCUUAGGGCUUUGUGUUAGAGGAUACAGUUCUGCUGUUUACAUUGAUCUUCCUCCAGCCUUCCACCGCCAAAGGAUUGCAUACCUACAUGUGAAACCUCUCCAAAAUAGCGGAUUAAGUUCCACCUCUCAAAGAAUGUGCCAUUGGACUGUUGAUUGGCAGUAAAUGCUCAAGACCCAUGGCACCAAAUCAAGUAACCUUAGGAGAAACUCAUGAACCAUAUGCCAUUCUUAUGGAUCUAGGAUGGAGCAUUGUGGGCUGAUAUUCACCAGAGUUUGAUAAGCCUAUCGUCAGUAAUCUCUACCAUUGUGUGGCCAUCAAAGAACUACAUCCAGCAACUCCUCAAGAUGCUAUUUGUGUUCUCGUAUCUGACUUCAGUGAUGAAAGAGAAGACAACAAAACAGUGUCACAACAUGUCAUCUCAGAGCUGGCAGUUGGAGACCUUGAAAUCAUAAAAGCUCAAUCUCCAAAAAUCAGAACCACUGAACGAGUGAAUCUUGCUGGACAUGAGCUGUUGCACAUAUUCUUAGACGCAUCAGCAAGGAUAAAUCCAGCGAUCUCCCUACCCUAGCGGAAACAAACACAGAACGUAUAAUAAUCAAAGAUCUUCAAGGGCAGGUAUACUAAAAUCAGUUGAAUUUGCUGAGUAAGGGGUUUUCACUCCAAUCCCACAAUAAGCUAUACUGUUUGAAUCCCUUCCUCAACAAGGAUGGUUUGCUUAUGGUGAGAGGAAGAUCGUGUAAUUCAUCCAUUCCCACAUCAUUCAAGCAUCCCACAAUUCUUCCCAAAGAUCAUUGUGUCACAAAAUAAUAAUUGCUCAUUGUCAUGAAAAGGUUGAGCAUCAAGGUAAAGGAUUCACUCUUAAUGAAAUCAGGUCAAUGGGCUAUUGGAUGCCAGGUAUUAAUCACACAGUAUCAUCAUUCAUUUAUCAGUGUGUGAACUGUAGAAGGCUUAGGAAGCCUGUAGUGGAACAGAAGAUGGCCAACUUGCCUCCUGAACAUGUAGGACCAUCACAUUUACUCACUGUGGAAUGGACUGUUUCGGGCCAUUGAUGACCAAACAGGAACAGAAGGUGCACAAGAGGUAUGGCCUUCUCAUUACUUCUCAUUACUCUUGUGCCACUCACUUGGAAAUGCUUGAAGACAUGUCUCCUGACUUUUUUACCAGUCUUCAAUGUUUCAUUGUGAUAUGGGAUGCAGUUCGCCUUAUCAGGGCAGCAACUUUGUUGGAGUAAAAUAGGAAUUCAGGAUGGACCUCAAGGAAAUUUAAUUCAGAAUGUUUGGCUUCAUUCCUUGCUGACAAGCAAUGCGAUUUUAGUAUGAAUGCCCUGUAUGCAAGCAAUGUUGGUGGCAUAUGGGAGAGACAGAUAAGGACAGUCAGAAACAUUCUCGGGACAACAACUGACUUCUCAUCUGGCAGGCUAAAUGAUACCUCUUUACAUGCAUUUCUUUAUGAAACCAUGGCAAUCGUGAAUAGUCGCCUACUUACUGUUGAUAAUCUUUCGGACCCGAUCAGUCUCACUCACUCCUAAUCAUCUCCUCAUUCAGAAGUCUGUUAAAACCUUACCCCCACCUUCAUGUUAAUUGUUAAAGAUCCCAUAGGCAGGUAAAUUGAUUUAUUCUGGUGUGACUAGAACUGAUGAAAGGAUGUGGAAUUGCUGUUUACCGAAUAUUCUUUGCAAGUUUGCGCCUAGCUGGAGUGAGAAUGAGGUUUUUAUGCUUAAAUCGUGUCUAAAAUGUUGUCUGUACUUUGUUAAAGUUUCCUGUUUGUUUUAAAACUCAGUGAAGGUUAAUAUUGUUUAUCCAUAAACUGUUUGCUACGCUGUGUUAAAAGCGGGUUUAAACAGUUCUGUGAGUAGUAAAUGUGCACUUACUUGUACAUGGAAAAUGAUAUUUCGCUGGUAUAUGCAAUUAUUAUUUAUUCACUAUUUUAUGUAUUUUCUUUGUAGCUCCUACGGUGCGUUUGUGGUUAAACUGCUCUUACAGUUCGCCAAAAGCAUCAGUGGGCUUCACUGUCAUCCAGCUGGGGUAGCUACAAGAAUGGAUGAUCAGGCAGUGGGCAGCACUGGGCUUUGGCCAGUUACCAGGAGAAGAGGAUUAAGGCAACAGCCCUUCCCAAAGUGCCAUGCCCCUCAUACAAGAGGCUGAAGUUUAUGAAGUCAGCUGGAAAGGUCAGAAACCUGCCAACACCUUCCCAUCUCGACUCGGAGGAGAGACGUAGGAUGGGGGGCGUGCUGUAUGCCAUGUAGAUGACUAUAUGUUUUGUGUGGCACCUGGAGAUUCGUUUUGAAGAAGCCGAUUAUUCUGUACAGGCAGCUUUUUACAGGCAGUACCCAGGUUACGGAUGAGAUCUGCUCCCUAAGUCUGUCUUUAAGUUGAAUUUGUAGGUAAGUUGAAAAAUAAUAGAACAGUACAUAAUAAUAUUAGUUAUACAGUAAUAAUAAAACUAUAUACUGUACUGUACUUUGAACUGAUGAACCGCUAAUGCUGUGCAUUGUUUUCACAAAGUCACAAAGUUGUGUGUGUAUUUGUCAUUCCAAACCAUUGUAUUUAAUCAGAAUUUCUAAUUUAAUAUGCUUUAUGGCAGUCCGUAAGUAUGAGUUGUCUGUAAGUCGGACGUUCUUAACCUGGGUACUGCCGAUAUAUGCCAAAAAACAGACCAAAACAGAGCAUAGAUGACUUAAAUGUGCACAGCAUCCUUGCAUGUAAAAUUUUGAAUGUUAAUUUAAAUAUUUUCAAUGUGACCAUUAUUUAUAAAAUUAUUGUGUGUUCUUGUGCUGCGAAAUAUGUUUAAUCUGUGUAUGACAUCAUUUCCAUAUGACUUUUAGGAAUGAUAGUGUCCUGCAGAGUUCAGAGAGUAAAAAUCCAAACCGGGAUUUUGUUUCAACCAACUAAUUGAGUACUUUGUGACUGUGACUGUUUAUGCUCAACUGGUUGGUUGAAACAAAAUCCUGGUCUGGACUUUUGCUCUCUGGAUCUGUUACCCAACUCUGGUGUCCUGUCAUGUUCCUCCUCCAUCAGCAGCUGGAGUUAUGGUUCAUCACUGUCAUGACUGUUGACCCUUGUGCACCCACAAGCUAUCCAUGUGUAGGCAUCAUUCCUUUCUCCACCCCACCCCAUCUCAUUUGUCUUCUGUCCAAGCUGCAAUUCAGAAACAAAUGGGAUAUUCAAAUCUGAACAUGCUGUUGCCCUCAGCCCACCAUGGACAUAAAAAGUCUAUGCACCAUUAUUUAAAUUGUAGGCUUUCAUGACGUGAAGCCAGAAAUCAACUUAAAACAUGAGACAUUUUUCCACCUUUAAUGCAACCCUGCAACCAACAAAAUAAAAGUGAAAACCAAUUAGAUAACAUAUUAUUAGAACAAGUAAAGGAAAUGAAAAACACCUCCUGAUGGGUACCUUUUAUCAAUAAGAUCUGAUAGAUGUUUUAUUAGCCCAUGCAGAUCACGGCUGACCCAGCGGGAUCGACCGUAAAAGUUUCAAGGGUCUCCUGCAGGAAUAGUUUGUUUUUAUUUGGGGUCAACGUCAUGAUGGCAGAUGUUUCUACUUAUCUUCAGAUAUUUUGGAUGUGAUUUAUUACCUCUGAAGACUGCUACAGCCCCCAUUUUCAAAGGGGGUGUGCGCACUUUUGUGACCAGGGUCAUGAGGACAUAUAAAAGAUGGAAAAAUGGCCGACGCGACAUCUUGAUUUUUUGGCUAUGCUUCACAAAAACCGGCAGUUUAGAUUGUGGUGUGUAGGUUUGGGUCCACUGUACGUCUGUGACGUUCUGACAUCAUGUAAGAACCAGAAAGCCCCCAAUAAAGGGAAGCUGACUUUG